AUGCGCCUGAUUGAUAUCGAAACUCUAUCAUUGGAGGACGUGGGAUGGCCUGCACCGCCAUAUGCGAUUCUUUCCCACAACUGGGGUGACAGUGAGGUAUCAUACCUCGACUUCUUGGAUGCGGCAACACGCGAAACCCGCGAAGGCUUCACCAAGAUCACGUACACUUGCGAACAGGCCAGACGGCAUGGCCUGCGCUACGCCUGGGUCGACACGUGCUGCAUCGACAAGAGCAGCAGCGCAGAGCUCAGCGAGGCCAUUAAUUCCAUGUUCAAAUGGUACCGAGGAGCCGCUGUCUGCUAUGCGUACUUGAGAGACGUGCCGGGCGACGACGACCCUCCCUCUUCAGCCGAUUCCAGCUUUCGGAAGAGUGCAUGGUUCCAGCGUGGCUGGACGUUACAGGAGUUGAUUGCGCCAGCUCGGGUAGAGUUCUAUGGCGCCACCUGGUCCUUUGUCGGUGAGAAGGCGGAUCUGACGGAAGCGAUCGAGAACGUCACUGGGAUAGACGCGGAUAUCCUUCGUGGCGGAGACGUUGCGACGGUCAGUGUUGCGCAGCGCAUGUCCUGGGCCGCCCACAGGAAAACGAAACGGGAGGAAGACAUUGCGUAUUGCCUGAUGGGCAUAUUUGACGUGAAUAUGCCCAUGCUAUAUGGGGAAGGACGUAAGGCUUUCAUACGUCUCCAAGAGGAGAUCCUGAAGGAAUCAGAAGAUCAGUCUCUUUUCGCAUGGCGCGCGACCCCCGAGUCAGCGGCAGAGGCUCCGUAUCGUGGCUUGCUCGCCUCCUCACCGGAUGAGUUUGCCGAUUGCCGCGGCAUUGUCCCAUUUCGCAACCUCAGCGCAAGGGACAUACUGGCCAGCCUAACAAGCAGAGGAAUUCCUCUGACUUCGUCGCUCGAGUUCGAUCCUACGAGCGACGGCAACACUGCUAAAGUAGGGCUCAAUUGUCGGUGGGGCAGCGAUUUCAAGAACGUCAUUGGGCUCGAGAUCACAUGCGAAGGAGGAGAUCAAUACGUCCGGUCGAAGCCUUCCGAGCUACUUUCCUGCUCUUCUCAUGCACGGCAAGAGACAGUCUAUGUGCGCAAGUCGCUCCACGCCGCUGUUGUACAGAGCGUUCCAGAGCUGGAACGCCAGCACGCCAUCUAUAUCGGCACCCUGCCUGAUGGUGUCAACGUUCGUGGCCUCUAUCCUGCCAACGUGCGAUACUCUCCGAAAUUUGGCUUAUUACACCUGGGUUCUUGGAUAAGUGACAAAGCCAUCAUAGAAAUGGAGUUACCUUGGACUACUGACCGAUUAUUGAUAUGCAUAUGGGUAGUCCAAGCGAAAGACAGUCGAGACUACGAAUGCUUUUUUAUGGCGACGAUCGCGUCUAGUAUAGAUGCGGUGAAGGAUUUACGGCGGCCUAAAGAUCUUGCAAGUCAACGAGUUGCCACCUACAGCCCGAGCAACACGGCUGUGGUAGUAACUCUCAAACCCGGCAAGAUACAAGGAUUUGACAUGUUCUGUAUAGAUGUCAGCGUGCAAAGUGACAAGCGUCUCAUUGGAAGACGACUGCGUUCUAUUUACGGUGCAUCACGUGUGUAA